AAAAUAAUAUAAUUUUAUUAUAUAAUUUUAAAAUGUGUUAAUAAAAUAUUAUUAAUUAUGUGUUGAAAUUUAUUUUUUAUUCAAUUAAACAUAUUUUAAAUUAUUUUUGCCACGAUUUUUUUUCUUGUCGCAACGAAUUUCGGCUACACAGACAGUCCCUUUUGGCAAGGAUAUCUGUGUAGUUAUACGCGCGCUACCUGAGAACUUGUUUUCUUUGUAACACUAUAAGGUCGUUUAAACGGUUUUGAAACUGUUGGGUUCAUUCGAGCAGUAGCUAGCGUUCAGAGCAUACCGUGUAUAAAUUGCAGUGCGAAUAUAUCAUUUAUAAAAAUGCAAGAACCAACAAGUUCCAGUGCAGAAGAAAAUAUUUCAAGCCCGGAAUCUCCGCCGAAUGAAAAUGAAGUAAUGAAAAAUAACCUAACAAACGCUCUUAUUUAUUGCAAGAGUUUAUUAGUAGCAGAAAAUCUGCUAACUAAUACUCCAUCAACUGAAAUAUCAGAGGCUUCCAUUGCUAUGGGUACAGAAAUUUUCAAAGAAAUAAUAUUCAUGCUACAAGAUCGCAGAAUAAUUAUAGAUGAUAAUCUUAUAUGUGCGGAAGAAAUUGAUAUUGUCAAUCAAGAAGAAUAUGAAGAGUGUAUACUUGAAGAAUCUGAUAAUGAAUUCCAACCAGAAUUGUAAGUUUUUCACGAUUAUAAAACGAUUCCUUUUGCGUAUAAAGAAAAAACGGUUGCUCUUGCCGAGAUUCAUCCUAAAUGGAGCAUAAAAAAUUUGCAAAGAAAAGGUUGCCACAAAUUAAAAGAUAGAAGAAUGCUGCGUGCAUGGAAAGAAGACGUCAAAAGAGGAGGAAUAUCAAUAGAUAAAUGGAAAUAUAUUAAAAUGCAGACAUUCGAACACUUUCAGGAAGCAAGAGAGUGUCUUAAGCAGAUAACAACGAGAACUUUACAGCAGUGGGCAAUGGCGAUAGCAUUUCCAUUCAUUAAUGAUGCCUUUAACUUCUCUGCCAGCAAAAGUUGGAUCAACAGAUUUAAGAAUAAAUACAAAAUACGGCAACAAACAAUUACAAGGUAUAUUAGUAACAGAGAACAUGCAUCGUUAGAUGAAAUAUUGGAAUCAGCCGAACGAUUCCAAAUACAAACAAAAGCAAUUAUGCCGGAAUAUGAUUCUGAUUUUGUUAUUAACACGGAUCAAACAGGCUGUCAAUAUCAAAUUACAUACAAUAGAACGCUUGCACCACAAGGUUCAAAGACUGUCCUGAUUAAAAAGAAAAGCCUGCAUGAUAUCUCUCACUCUUACACAGCACAGUACACUAUUACUGCUUCGGGAAAAAUAUUACCUGUCGUUUUUUUAUGCAUGCAGGAAUCGACAGGAAAAUUUGGUCCUUUGGUGCAAAAAAAAAAUUGAUCAUUUAAUUGCAGAAUAUAAAAAUAUGUUUUUGUAACAUGUUCGAAAUCGGGUAAAUUGACAAAAAAUAUAUAUACAGAUUAUUUAAAAUAUUGUUUAUCGCCUUAUGUUGCAAAUAAUAAAUUUUUAUUGUUGAUUGAUUCAUGGGGAGGUCAAACGGAUAUGACAUUGUACGACGAUAUUUUCGAUGAUGAAGUAGGCAGAGCAUCAUGUACUGUAAAAGUAAUUUCUCCUAAAUGUACACCUCUUUGUCAACCAUGUGACGUUUAUUUUUAUCGGCAAGUCAAAAAUUUUAUUAAAAAGUUGCAAAAUUGUCCCACUUUAUUACAACAACAACGAGAAAUAGGUGCUCGUGAAGAUGCUAUUAAAAUACAUUCUUUGUUAUUGCAUCAAUUGAGCGCUCCCGUUUUUAAACCGAUGCUUUUAUACGCGUGGUACGCAUCAAAAUUAAUAGAAGAGAGACCGAUAUUUCUCAAUAUAAACGAAAUAUGUUUUUCUAUUUCAAUAAUUAAAAAAUUGUGUUUUUGUAAAAAUGUGGGCUUCAUUCAAUAUGCUCAUUGUAAAAAGAUAUUAUGUUUUGUAUGUUUCUAUGAUGAAUAUCACCCCAAAACAUGUAACUCAUCCGAAAAUGAAUCUCAUUCCGAAGAUGAGCAAUAGCUUAAUUAAAUAUGUUUAUUAAAAACUUGCUUAUUAAAAUCUUAUGAAUAAUGUUAUAGAAGAUUGACUUUUUUAUUGACUUUCUCCUCUUAUUUUCCUUUUUUUUUCAUUACGUAUCAUAAAAUAUUUUAUUUUCUUCCUUACUUUCCUUUCAUUAUGUAUUAUAAAAUGUUUUAUUAACUCAUUCUAAAGUUACAUAAAUUUUAUUCACAAAACCUUAAAAACAUUAAUAAAUAGAUGAAUUUUAUAAUUUCUGAAAUAUAAUUAAUUGUAUAAUUAAAACAGUUAUUUUAUAGGCUAAAUAUUGAAAAACAUACACCUCACACAAUAGUACGUUGCAAGGAAAUUAAAAAAAAAAAAAUGAAAAAAGUAAGAUUCGAACCAGUAAUAUACAGCAUCGUAGUCAGGCGCCUUACCGACUAGGCUACGCCGCUUAGGUGUCAAUCUGUUCUUACUACACGGUACAUUACGCACACGUAAAUCUUUAAACGCGUUUUUUUCGCGAAUGCUUGAGAGGCGGGUCCUAUUACUUUAGGAUGAAUUAGUGAGAGGAUAGGUUUAUAACAUAUAUAAAGUUCAACGAAAUCGGAGGGGACAAUGUCUGGUGCUCCCCUUGUAAGUAGUUAUUUUGGAAGAAAGAAACUGUAACUGUAACUAGUUAUUUUUACAACUUUUCCAACCCUGUGAGAAAAUAUAUGUGAAUAUAUUUAGAACAACUUGAUUUAUUGCUCGUUAUUGGCCCGUUUUUGUUGUUACAAAUAAUUAAUGUUUUGAUUUUGUUACGCUGAAGGUGACUCCAAAGCUUGAAACGUACGGUGUUACGUCCUGCGGAGUAAUGAUUCUUUUCCUUCAUAACCAGCGGAUAUCGUAAUUAAUAGGGCUGAGCGGUGAUGAUUCACCUAUUAUUAUAAUCUCACUCCGAUUCCAAGAAUACGGUAACACUUACAGCAAUAAUCAGAUGUCACGAAUUAAGAAAUUAUAAAUUCACCAAUCAUGGGGAUUUAAGAUGACACCGUCGCUCGACGUCGGAAACACCAAAGGUAGUAAAAUCAGGGAGCUGGAAGACACACGUGUGCACCCUUUCGGGUUUUAAAUACCCGGCGCCCACAUAGCAAUAAAUUAAUAAAAUUUUAACGUGUAAUGCUUUCUCGGAGUUCAAUUGUCAAACCUGCCGCUUUCUCAGGAUAACAAUUACCGAGGAAUAUAAAAAAAAUCGUAAAACCAAAUAUUGCACGUGGGCGCAUUAAUGAGUAAAUUGGUGCACACGGCCCUUGAUAGGACAGAGGGAAUCAUAAACGAAAAAUAGUAUAAAUAGGCGCGUUUUCUAGCGGAAUGAGUAGUCUUGAUUCUUGCUCAAUCCGAAUCACAGUUCCGUGGCAUCUUGUAUGUCUGAGUUCUGUGACUCUCAAAUCCGCGGUCUUUAAACUUAUACGGAGCGUAAGUCUCAGUCAAAAAAAAAAUGCCAUUGUAAAACGAGGCUAUUUGGGAUCUCCCGAACAUAAU